AAUGCGAGCAAAGCAUCCUUACUGGCCAAAACAGUCAAGCUUGGGUGUCAAACAAGGGGCUCCUAACUCCAUAUUUAGGCACCUAAAUGAAAGUGGCUUGAUUUUCUGAAGUGCUCAGCCCUCCAACUCCGAUUGAAGCCAAGGAGGGGUGCAAAUGCUCAACACCUGGGAAAACUGGGCCACUUUAUUCAGGGCCCUAUGGAUUUAGGAACUUAUUAUUUUAGGCACCUAGCUUUGAAAGUUUGGGCCAAAGUUGUUUAUUCUCAUGUGACCUCUACACUUGAAACGCUGCACCUGUAAUGCUUCAGUGUAGAUACUUCCACAGUGAUGGGAGAGGUUCUCCGGGGGAUGUAGGAAAUCCACCUCCCCAUGAGGCAGUAACUAGAUAGAGGGAAGAAUUCUUCUGUUGACCAAGUGCUGUCUACACCAGGCAUUCAGUGGAUUUUUCGCUCCCUCAGCCAUGGAGCUGGGCUGACCUGUUUUAGUGCCGACCCGGCCUUAGCCACUGAAUGACUUCUUCCUUUUUUAUGAAUUCCUUUGCUCCCUGGCUCAGAGGUGAGCUCCUGCCAAAGCAGAUCUGUGCAAGGGGGGGUCGCGUGCUGGCUUUAAGACCCGGGAGCAACCUUCGCACUGGGCUUGUGGGGGAGAAAGUAGGUGGAACGGAGAGAAAGUGUUUUCCCUCAUGUCCGGCCACUGGGCGUGUGCAGCCCGGGGGAUCUCGCUGCUCCUAUAAAGGACAGUCCAUGAGGAGCCGGGCUUGUCCCCCCAGCGGGCUGCGCCGGGCCGGGCCAGCAUGCGGCGGCUGGGAGGGGUCGGCGAGCGGGCUCCGGGGCACGCGAAGCGGGCGGCGAGCAUGGGAGGAGCGGGCGCUAGUCCGGGCUGCUGGGUGCUCUACUGGGGCUGGCUCCUGGCGGCCGGGCACCUGCGAGGGGCAGAGGCGGGCUGCGGCCGGCGGGGGAGCCCCCGCUGCUGCCCCGGGCGGAAUAACGCCUGCGCCGACCUCAGCGGGUCCCAGGCCCCCUGCUACUGCGACACUUACUGCGAGAAGACGGGCGACUGCUGCGAGGAUUACCCGGGCGUGUGCCAGCGAGCGGCAGCCAUCCACUGCGUGGUGCGGCCCUGGGGCCCUUGGAGUGAGUGCAGCUCCCUGUGUGGGGUCGGUAGCCAAGACCGGACUCGGCAAGUCGCUGUCCCACCCCGAAAUGGAGGGACCCCCUGUCCGGACCUCAAGCAGCGGAGAGGGUGCUUUGGGGAGAACCCUGCCUGUGAUACGGCUAAAGAGGUGGCUAAGAUUUUGCCAGGUUCCUUUAAAAGGGACUUUAAGGACCCCUGGAGAAGACCUCACGUGCUGGCGAAGGAGAAGCAGCCAAGUUACUGCGUCUACUUCCGCCUGAAGCAGGUGGGAGCCGCCUGCCGCCUGCCCUUGUGGAGCAGCCAGCUGAUGAGAGAGAGGCGGGUCUGCGUGGAGUGCCGGCCGGAGGCUGUGGCCAGCGGGGCCCGAUGCGAGGGGGAUGGGCUGGAGGGAGCCAGGACAUUCUGGACUGCCACCUCCAUCGCUGGGUGCCAGGGCUCGUGGAUCCAGGAGUCUCGGCAUGAGAACUGUAUGUGUCCUCCGCUGUCGCUCAUCUUUGUGUAACCUUCUGUCAACCUGGGUCAUGAACUUUCAAGGAGAAGGGGAGAGUGACCGUUUGAAGCUGAUGACCCAGCCUUUUCUGGCUAUCACUAGAAAACAGGAAGAAGAAGUGAAGGGUAGACCUCCUCUGAAUGAAGUCCUUGCUACACUUUUUACCUCGUAUCAGUUUCAUUAGAAACUCUCACUUCCUAUGAAAUUUAUAUUUUUGGCCACAUACCUAUGUGUUGUUUGAAAGCACAAGACUGUCUUUGUUCUUUUGAACUUUAUAUUUCUGAAACCUUGCUACCUAACUCCAGCUAGAAUGGAAGACAGUUAUUUUGCAGAUUUUAACAACAAAAGAGAAGAAAAACAUUGCAAUAGCCCUAUUUAAAAAACAUUUUUUUAAAAAAAGAGAAGAAAUUUGCUAGAACCCCAGCACCAAAGUUAAUGAUGGACGAACAUUGGAAUGAGGCCAAAUCUGAGCGAGGAAGUGAUGUCAUGGUUCUUUGGGAUGACAUGGGAAAUGAUGUCCCAGUUAACUGUGGAACUGUUUCCAAAAAAAACCAGAGUCCUCCGACUUUUUUGAGAGGAAUGUGUGAAAGAAAUAAGAAUGUUUAAGAUUGGCCAAAGUCUUAAAAGAUGCAACUUUUCUUCUCUGUACUUCUGAGCUUUUAAAGUUGAUUGUGUUGCUUUUCUCCUGAUACUUGAGUGAUUCAAACAGGAUGGUGUAUUACAUGUCAUUUAAUCUCCUCAAGAUCAGAGUAAAGGCAGUGACAAAUCUGCACUUCUGUCUUGGAAAAAGUCCAGAAAAUAGCAAAAGAGGUUGUUUUUUUUUUUUUUUUUCCCCCCUCUACUUAUUUGUAAUGCUUUAACAUGAGUGAUAUAAUAUAUCUAAAUAUAUAUGAGCUCUCUCGUGCUCUCUAUCUCCCAGUAAAAUAUCUCAGCCACACCCCUGCUUGCACCCCGUUUUUCAGCUGACAGUAUCACAUGGUUUAGGACCUUCAAGCUUUCUAUUUAUUGAAUAAGGUUAGACCUAAGUGCACUUUGGUCUUGAGUUUUCUGAAGCCCUUGGAAUCGCCACCCCCUAAUCGGAGGACUUUAAAAGCAAGAGGAAAAUGGUUAAUAGAGUAUUCCAGUUGCUGCUUUUUUGAUGGUGGAUCAUCAUGUCCCAGAGCCCUGGGGACUUUGGAAUAACUACAACUGAGAACUACCUUGGCUUAACGUCUGGAAAAACAGUCUAGGAUAUUUUUGGUUCCUAGGUUGUAUGUGAUCACAUGAUGACAUACGGAAUCCUGGGGCUACUCUCCCAGGUCAGACCACAGGUGACUUCCCCCUUCUACACCGUGCUUCCUUGGGCCUCUUCCUGACGUGGUUCUCUCCAUUCUGUGGGCUUCUCCCAUGGCACCGUUAUUCCCCAGGACAUGCUGUGCUUGCUCCUUCCAAAACAACUUAAGACCAAAAGCUGGCUUUUUGCAAAUUACAUUUAACAUAAAUUAUUAAUUGAAAAAUAAAACAUCUCCCAGAUGGAAAUAGGCCAGACAAUCUGAAAAGCCAGAAGACUGACCAUUAUUCAGAGAGAAUUCAUUUAUUAAACAAAUUUGUUAGCUGCACCUUAGUUUAUCCAUAGAAACCCAGUUGGCCUUUUACAACCUCUGGCUUGACUGAGGCGCACAAGAAGGACCUGAUUCUGUGUGCUGCUGAGCACCCGUAACUUAUAAUAUCACAAGAUUGGACUCUACAGGGCCCACCCUGUGCUUACUGAAGUCAUUAUCAAGGCUUUGGAACAGGCCCUGUGUCUACUCCUUUGCUGUCCCUUCACUGCAUCCAUUCCACAUCCGAUAAAAUGACCAGAUCUCCACUGGUUUUUUGGUGUAACAGAAAUAACACUAUUGCAGGGGAAUAUUAUGCAAGGAUCAGUGGUUCCCGCGUUAACAAUGUGAGCCUUGGCUUUGCCUUGCUAUUUAUGUGGCAGUGAGACCGUUAUCUGAUGGCAAUGUUACCUUUGUCUGUCCACUGAUGUUCUCUUCAGUAUCUUCAGGUCCAUUUGAGUUGGUGGCUCCUAUAUCCUCCUCUGUCAUAUUGUCCGUGUCCAAUUCAGGGGCCAUGUUCUCCUUUUUCUAAUGAAGUUGUGUAUGCUGGUCAAAUCCAUUCUUGUGAAGUCAGGUUCAAAUCUCAGGUAAAACAAACCCACCUAGACAGCACAUAUGUAUGUGCUCCAACCUGCCAGUCAGCUCCUUCAUGGGAGCUCAGUCAUAUGGUCCAACUAUCAAGCCGCUUUCCCCCACCUCUGUGCCCUGACAUGACAGAAACUGAGCCUUCAUGGAUGUUAUUCAUAGGCAGAAUUUUUUUCCAAUGGGGCCUAAGGGCAUUAGACACCAGUCUCCUCUUGACUUUCAGUGGGAGUUGGGCUCCUAACUCACUUAGCUCCUUUGAAAUCACCAGCUAUAGAUGUUCAGGCUAAAGGGAAGAUUAUGAUCCAACCUCCUGCCUUAUAAACAAUCUCUACCAAAUAUCAUAUAUAUAAUUUUUUUUUUUUUUAAGCACUGACCAAUAGACUCCUUGUUCUUCUACUGGCUUUUCCUGUUGCUCUAAGCUCCACCGAGAUCCAUAUAGCACAAGAGCAUGUCACCAUCUCUGUAUGUACCAGAGAAUUGGCAUUUGGAAUUCAUAGUGUUGUUCCCAUGUCUUUUUAAAUGAACACAAUUCUGGAGUGAAACAAGCAUGGCUUUUUCCAGUUUUUAAUAUUGCAGUAAUUGUUCUGAACCUUAUCACUUCAUGUAUCCACAGCCAUAUCCUAUGCCAGGCCCACUGUUGUACAAAAAACAUGUACUUGAGUUACUUUGAAUAAAGACAGUAAAAAACC